CUGCAGUCGUGCAUUUAUAUCCCGCAGGUACUGACAGCGGGUCAUCGACUCCCGCCCUCCCUUCACCGGCACCGGCUCAUAAGGCCAGAGGUCAGACGCGGCUUCCACUCCUCUGCCCUGGUUGCUCCUCUUCUUGUAUACUCUUGCUCCAAUCAUGUGGACGCCUAUGCGCUUGGGAUACUCCGAUUUUUUCUUGUCGGGUGUUCGAGCUAUCACCAAGCGUCCGAUGCGCGGCCAGUCGCAGGCCAAUCGCGGGGCGUCUAUGGAGAGCGCAUCCGAGCCUUCGUCGUCGGCUACUACCGCCAUUCACGAAUGUGUUAUCGAGGGAGGCGACGCGGACCUCGGUCGUCCCGAGGCAAACGCCAGGGCACCAACCAGGUCCUCUGCCUUGUCGUCGAUGACUUCCCCGUCACCUCCCAACGACCAUGGAAGGCCCAAGCGGAGGUGGUCGAUGAAGCCCACAUCGAUAGCAAAGACACCCGACUUCGCACCGCUUGAGAAGCGUACGGCGUUAAUGGAACCCUCCGUCACUUAUAUUGACUCACUCUUUGUCGCCGACCCUUUCUCCGCCGAGAAGUCGCAGUCCUUUUACGCGGAUUUCCCCACCUCGGUGCCGAAACAUCGUGCUUCCACCAAGCGCAAAGCCGUUGAGCAUCCCUCCUUCCUCACCCUGAACGACUCGUCCAGCGAUGGGCCAUUGUCCUUCCCUCGACUACUCUCGCGGUCGUCGUCGACAUCGUCGACGUACGCCGAUUCGACGCGAAGCUCAACAGGGGGAAAGGCUCGCGGCAAGCCGACGCAGUGCGCCUCGCGAGCGUCGCGCAAUGCACACCGAGCCUCGAUGCCUCCUGUACACCUGUCGACAUGCAUUCCGCCAGCACCACCCCACCCACGCAGGAGGUGGCGAGUAUCCAUGGGACCUCUAGGUGCCGCGGAUCGCUCUGGGUGGGCUUGAUCAUACUGGGGAACAAUGGACUCGCACUGCCAGUGGCAGCCUUGCUUCAUAACUUAUUCGCUGCUCUCGUCGUUGACAUAAAAUACGCAACAUGCCGCUAUUACUCGUAGCUGAACGGACAGACCUCAGUAGACUAACUUAUUCAUUGCGAUGGCCAGGUCGUAGUCUAUGCGUAGUGUAGAUAAUUCCUUAUAUUCUAGUGGUCAAUGGUGCAGUAGGCAUUGCAUCGUACACAUCCGUUGAAGCAGAU